AUGCUCCGUAUUAGCUCAGUACGGGGAGGCAUUAAGGACACAGCUCCAUCAGCGGCGGUGAUAGCGGACAACAUCAUCAGGGUCUACGGCAGUGAAUCCCGGUCCCGGUCGGAAGCCUCAAGCCACGGUCGUAAGAGGGUCCGGGGUCCCGUCCGGAGCAGCACUCCGACUCCGACAAGAUCGCCCUCGGCAGGAAGGUCACGGCCGCGCCAGCACAGAGAGCCCAGCCCGGCGGCCCAAACAGUCGACGAGAAAGUGCAGCGGUUCCUCCGCUCCAUGAGUCCGCCCAGUCCGACGGAAGAGCUCAAGAAGGAGAACCGCAGCCUGCACCAACGCGUGGCCGCUCUGCAGCUGACCGAACGAGACCUGCUCAACGACAACCAGGACCUGGCCCGGAGGCUGGCCUCAACGCAGAAGCGCCAGGAAACGCGGCGGCGACAGUGGAAGGAGGAGCUGCUGAACAGGGAGAAAGUCUUCGAGGCCCGCAUCAAGGAUCUCGAGUCCCGGCUAGCCCGACAAGAGGAGGAACUGGUGCGAGUUACCCUCGGACGGACGAGGGAGACAGCAGGCCUGAGUGACCACGCCAUCGCGUCUUGGUUUGCAACGAAAGCAAGUGCGUGGCAUGGGUGGGCCGAGGAUUUCGCCCAUCAAGACCCAGACCGCGUCCGCUCCGGCCUCCACCCGCUGCAGCUCCAACUUCCCGAAGGCUUGCUGUCCCCUGCCGGCAACGACGGGGCUCAGACAGCUCAAGUGCUUCUGCAGGGGAUCACCCUCGAGCUCGAGAGUCCCGGCGUGUCCCGCAUAGACUCGCCAAUUGGAUUUCGGAUGGAUCUGGCCAUGUGGGAUCUCGAUGUUUCUCCGCCGGGCGAUGUCCGCUCGCCCCGACCCGCGGUUAUGGCGAACGGCGGGCGACACGGACCCCACGCUAUGCGCAGCCUUCCGCGACUGGUCACCUCGAUGGAAUCGGCCGGCAGCUCUCCGCUGGGCCAGAACCUGCCGACGAGGCGAGCAACGGAGGGUUUACAUCGGAUGUUUCUGAACGCCCCAGGUGGCGCUGAGAAUGUGAAUGCCUGGCGCAGCUCUGUGUUGAAGGCCUUUUGCGAAGGCGGCAUGAGCACGUCCGUCGACAGCAUCCUCCUGACCGAGGAUGCUGCCCGACCCCUUAGCCGAGGCCAGGCUCCGGUACGCGGGCUGAAAGACGCCUUCCUCCGAAGUCCAGCCCGGUUUCUACUCCGGGACCAAGACGCCGCCGGCAUCGAGAAGCUGGAGCGGCGGCUGGUGCAGGAGAUGGACUCGGCCCUGCGUUUCUCCUGCCAGCUGUGGUGUCGCCGCGAGCCUAUCUCGGUCAGGGGCCUGGACGAGCUUGUAGACACGGCGUUCAGCGCUGCCAGCGACAGCAUGGAACUGUGCCAAGCGCAACAAGCACCACCACCACCGCGCUAUGCUCAGUAGGCGGGGAGCACCGCUGACGCCAGGGAUGCUCCGCCGGGGUACUACGACGGCCACUCCGUGAUCAUGGUCGUUCAGCCUUCUAUUGGGGUCAAGCAGAGCGUUGGGCAGGGAAGGGAGCGAAGGACAGUAUCACGACGUGGGUCAAGGCCAGUGUGCUGGUGGCGCCGCCGAAGCCGGUCGUGCAGCGAGCGCCCGCGGCCACGCAGACGGUCGCGCCUCUUCCUGGGCCGAGUACAGUUUCGGUGAAGGCUAUCUUACCCCCUCCGGUGCCGCCCAGGGAUUCGAAAGAACGGGCUCUGGUUUUGUUGCCCACCCUCACCUUCAAGGGCCCGCAACCGUUGUUUUUCAAACAGCCGCCAUGCUUGUCCAUAGCAUUUGUCGAGC